AGGAGGGGAUGUGGGGGACACGAAAUUAAAAGGGAAAGAGAUUAUUUUUAAUCCUCUUGGUGGGUGCUGAAACAAUGCCGGGAGAGCAAAGCCGCUGAGAGUUUGUCCCGUUAGAUCCAGGCAUGAAGGACGGACUGUACUACAGGGAGCAGAUCCCCCUAGCCCAGUCGGAGGCGUUCCUAACGGACCUUUUGGAGAAAGUCUGUGAGCGAAUGAACGACUACAAGCUUGAGGAAGACCCUGUGACGAAGGAGAGAACUUUCAAGAGAUUCGCUCCUAGGAAAGGAGACAAAAUAUACCAAGAAUUUAAAAAAUUGUAUUUUUAUUCUGAUGCUUACAGACCUUUGAAAUUUGCGUGUGAAACUAUAAUAGAAGAGUAUGAAGACGAAAUAUUCUCACUUAUCGCCCAGGAGACACACUAUCUAGCUGACAAGCUGUGCAGUGAAAAAUCAGAUCUGUGUGAAACUUCUGCUAAUCAUACUGAGCUCUAGGAGUGCCGUGCUGCUGGUCGUAGAGAGGAGUAAAGUCACACCCAAAGGUUUUUUUUUAAUCCCAGUAUUCAAGUACAUCUGGCUAUUUCCAAAGCAAGCCGGGUGGGGCCAGGGAAGGAGCUGCCCACGGAGACCUGGUGUGGUGAGGACACUGCUUCAGGCCGAAGGCAUGGCCCUGGGCUGUGUGCUGGACCCCUUGGCUUCAGUUUCUGUAAAAACCCGGUAAAAUCUAGGGUUGAUGGGGCGGUUUCUGAGUUCCUUUGAUUACUCCACGAUUCCAUGAACUCCCAGCGCCCACUCCGACGUGCUGGGGCGGUGGCCAUCUCUUGCCCUCCCCUCUCCAGCCUGGGUCUUGUUUCUCCGCCUCAGCCCUGGAGGUCUAUCUGUCCACCUGUUUCCCACCCCGUCUCUCCCUCCCUGUCGGGUUCCUGCACCCUGGUCCCAGGAGCCCCUCUGCCGCCCCGCCCUGGCCCUCCUGCGGUCUCGACACCAGCUGCGGCCGCACCCUUCCUGCACCCUUCCUCCGCCUGGUCGCCUGGUAGCUGCGUCUUGUCGCUGAUGCUCUUCGCUCUAAUGGCCUUUGUUGGAUCGUCUCCUUCUUUUUCCCUUUUGUUUCUGUGGGGUUCUCUAGACUGUUUGCUCAUUUCAAAAAAAAAAAAAAAAAAAAAUCCAUCUUCCGCGUUACCCCAUUCUCUCCUGCCCUAGCGAGUCCUACAAGCGUGUUUCCUGUAGGCCGAGCCGGAUGCCUGAGGCCAACCAUGGCAACAGCCAGGGCGCGGGGGGUGGAGCCUGGAGCCGGCCAGGACAGCUCAUCCAAGCCUCGGCUUCCCCUUCUCACGGAGGGAGGGCCGGACGGAGCAGCCCAGGACUCCCAGGGGAUGAAAGAACAUUCCAGAAACCCAGCCCCUGUGGCAGGCCUUUAGGCAGCUCCGGCUUGCUGGGUGCUGCAGGGGGGCAGAGGGGAGUUUCCGGUUCCUGGAGAAAUCGCUCCUUGCUCUUUAGUGACACUUGCUGCUAAUAUUAAUUGUAAGUGUGUGAAGACAGCACCAGCAGAGAAACCAAACAACCUCCUGCAGCAGUCCUGGUGUAGAGGAAGAAUUUCAGCCUCGCCCGAGGCCCGGUCUGUUCCUGUGAGGACUUCUUCCCUGGUUCUUUUCCUUCUGAAGCCGUAGCCUUCUCGGAUUUGCCUGCAAGGGCUACCCUGGAUUUGCCUGCAAGGGCUACCCUGGAACAGUUGAGGAGCCUCAUUGUCCCCCAUCCCUGCGGGCACGGGGGCAGGACACUCCCUAGCCCAGGCUCCUGAUUAGAAAUGUAAAAGAGUUUCUCCUGCGGGAGCAGAUGCCCCGCCACUUCCUGAGAGGUCCCUCCUUUUCUCUUCCCACUCUUAAAGACGCAGGGCACACAGAAGACGCAGCCAUGCGUGCAGCUGGGCGGGCCAUUCAGCGCCCUGCCCUUCCUGGGCUCUGCAGUGGCCGGGGCGGCCGCGUUCAGCCUCUGCUUCUGGUAGCUUCUGAAGCAUGAAGGCCUGGGCAGCGGUGCUCAGGACAAUCCUCCCUGGGCGGGGCGAGGCCGGGAGCUGGGCCCCUGUCCCCCCGGUUCUGCGUCCCGGGUUCCCUCAUGGGAGGCUGUGACUGAGGGAGCCUCCCCUCGGCGGUGUGAAAGUGACCACGCUCUGCUGUCCUGCCAGGGAAGCUUGGUGGUCCCAGCCGGUGCCGCUCCCUGGUGUAUGGGAUGGGGUACCUGGAUGCUGCCUCUCUCCCCACUGCCUGGCAAGCUGGACACAGCCUGGGCCCAAAGAGAACAGACACAGAGCCGCGGGAGGAGCCAGCCUGCCCCACCGGCACUGGGCACAGAUCUGUUCCAUAGCUCUGGCUUCCAUGGCUCUGCGUGUGUCUGUGGUUGCCUUCAUGCCCAGUGCAGGUCCUCACCCUUCUGUCCCAGCCUCAAAGUGGCGGCCUCCCUCCCACCUGCCCUUCCACCUGCUGCCAGAGAAGUCUCUAGAAGCACGCCUGCGAUCACAUCGCCCUGCACGCCACCACUGGCUCUCAAUGCGCCCGAAUGAGUCUGGGCCUCCACGCUGUCCCUCCAGCUUUGCCUUUGUGUACCUGGCAUCACUGGGCAACAGCAUGAUUCUGCCCUUCCCCGGGCAGUGCCUACAGUUGCCCCUUCCUGGCCUUACCAGCUCUGGUCCCAAUCCACACGAGACUUGUCUACCCAUGGAGUCCAGGCCCCUGCUCGUGGGGGCCUGCCCUGGAGGGGCAGGACGGGGCGGCAUCCCGAGGGUCGGCCUCAAGAGCAUCCCUGGGAGGCUGAGACCUGGCUGAAGUGGGGAGGUGGGCACCCAGUUUCCCUGAGGCUUCCCAGCAGGAGAGUGUGUGCGCGGUGGGGGGGUCUCGCUCCCAGACCCCUAUGCUCCUGACUCUGGAAGGUCAGUUGUACCUGCCCCGCCCAGCACAGUGCCUUGCCUAUCACAAGGGAAACUCAGCGCUGAAGUCCCCGUGGAGGCUGGAGCCUGAGCGUCUCCACUUGUAAGAAGGAUGGAAGUCACAGCUGCCUCGCAGAGCUGUGGUGAGGGGUUGCUGUAACUUCAAGCACACAGCACAACACCUGGUACAUGGGACGCAGCCGUGUCAGUUCUAAGACACACGUGGAGCUUAUCAUCCAAAGCGAGCUGCUUGAGAAGUUGCAGAGGGGUGGGUGGGGCAACAGACAUGAGACGAGCCAUCCGGAUUUGGGGGUUUCCAGCUCCUAUUGUUAUAGAAAAUGCUCAGCAAAGAGUAUUUAUAGACUGAGUAAAAUUUUAAGCAGCCAGGUUUCUUAUGAGACUAAAUGGGAAGUGGCAGGGAGGGGCCGAGUAACAAAUGUGACAUGCAAGGAUCUGUGGGUGGUGAGAGGGUCCCAGACAGGACUGGGGCUGGAAGAUGGCUGUGGAGGCAGCAAAGGCAGAACCCCUGCAGAGAGAAGAGCUCGCUGUGCAGGACGUUUCCAAAGGGUGUGGCUGGGCGUGGCUUGGGCAGUCCCCUCACCCUGCCAGUGUCCCCCACAGGGAGGUGGUGACAGCCCUUUUGUCCCUCUCAGGGUUGCAGGAGGAAUGAGAUGAAGGGCUUACCCUCAGAGUGCUUAGAGAAUAAAAUGGGAGGAUGCGGCAUUGCCCAGCUGAGUCCAGGCCUGGGGUGGGGUGUCCCUCCAGCUGCAGGGAUGGGUGUCAACAGCAGCUGAGCACCAAGGGUGGGAUGGCCUGGGCUAAGGGGGUGAGGAGCUGGCCCACACUGGGCUGAAGGAUGCAGCCAGGGUGCUGGACAGAAGGGUGAUGGUCGAGGGUGGGCCAGGGGAUCUCUGCCGCCUUCCUGCACACCUGGAGGGAUGACUCCUGGGCAAGGGCCGCCAGGAUGACUGUCUUGGGCAAAAAGCUAAUUUUCAGGGAAAAGCAGACCAUUUUAGCUUGGUGACCAGUUUGCCCUGCCCAAGACCAACCACCACCCAAAUGCACACAUACCCUCACCCUCAGCUGGGGGCCUCCAGGGGCACAGACCUUGAAGCAGAGUGCAGUCUGAUGGCUCGGUGCCCCAUUAACGUGCGAGUGACCACAGGCAGCUGCUGCCUGAGUUGUUUCUUCCACCGGGCGCUGAGCACGACUGGACUAUCAGCCCCCUUGUGAGUACAGUGGUUCGGGCCAAGGUCACCCCACCCAGGUGAUAGAGUUAGGAGGAAAGCCCAGUGUGAGUCUAGACGGCAACGUGGUGGGCUGGAGAGAGGGCAGGGCUGAAGAAGGGGUGAAGGUCCUCCUGCAGCCCCCAGGCCAGAUCAGGGAGCAGAAGGAGGAGGAUGCCCUUGGGUUUCCCACACGGGCUGGAGGACUUGGAGAGGUGUGGGGACAAUAGCAGACAAUGGCUUUGUAAGCAGAGAUGCAGACUUGUGCAAUGGUAGUAAUGACUGCUCAUGUUUCCCCAGCCCUUCACACACCAGGGCUGCCCUAAGCUUUUCAUGAACAAGAUUUCCUUUAAUCUUCACAAUAGCCAAAGUAGGCACCAUCACCUCUCCUUUACAGAGGAGGAAACUGAGGCCCAGGGGCUGAUGGCUGGACUCAGCCGGGGCUGGCUGUAAGCCUGUGUCCCUCCACGGCCCGUCCUGGGCAGAGGGCCCCACACCCGCCUCCUCCUCAGAGAAGCCACUGUUCCAGCAUGAUCGGAGGGAGGGGCAGGACCGCUUGCAACUCCUUGCUGUCCAUGGUCACUGGGCACCGAUAGGCGCCUGCCGGAGACAGCACGCUGGGUGCCCAGGUGCUGAGGGAGAGAGGGAACGACGCGGGGUCUCCCGCUGGGGGGAGGACACCAUGCCCUGUCUGGAGGCCCAGACCACGGCUAUGAAAACCAGCAAAUAACAAGCACUGGUGAAGAUGGGGAGGAACUGGGGCCCUUGUACCCUGUGGUGGGAGGGAAAAAUGGCUCAGCCACCGUGGAAUGCUAGAUGACGGCUCCCCAAAAAACGAAACCUAGAAUUACCAUAUGGUCCACAUUUCCACGGCUGGGUGUAUAUACCCCAAAUAAUGAAAACGCAAUUUUUAAAAAGAGAGCCACACCACAGACAAUGUCUUAGUGCCAGAGGCUGAAGGAGGUCAGAGGAGGGCCAGCAGUGGGGGCUGCACCAUCUCCUGGGGCUUCCUAUACCCCAAGUGUAGCUCACGCUCGCCUGUGGCGUUGAGUGAAUGAGGACUUGAGUAGGCGGCUGAGCUAAGUAAGUGUUCCCCACCCUCUCACCACAGUCCCCUGAAGGCAUAGAGUCCUGAUGAAUGUCCUUCAGAUCCAGAAUAAAUAGCAGGCGUUGGGUUGAGAUGGCCUGGCUCAGAUCCCUGAGCGCCAGGAUUCCUUUCCUCCUCUCUGAGUCCUGCACUUAGACCAGCACGUGCUGCCUGGUCAGAGCACAUUCCCAGCCUCCUCGUGCUUGAGUGUGACCAUGUGGUGAUAUUUUCUCAAGGAAGGUCAGGCUUGGCCUCCAGACGCGGGCCUUGCCACCUCUCCACACUUCCAGCUGCGGAGUCUGGACAGUGAGGCCACUCACAGCUUUGGCCGGGCAGAUGGCAGCGAGGCCCUGGGGACGAGGAGAGCCGUGCUCUCCAGCACAGUAGCCACGAGCCCCAUGUGCCACUUUAUUAAAACCAAUUCAAAUUAAAUAAAAUUUAAAAUUUGUUUCCUCAGUUGCACUAGCUCAAUUCAAAUGCCCAGUAGCCACAGGGACUGGUGGCCACGGGAUGGGACAGCACCUGCUCAGGUCACUUCUGUCAUCACAGAAGUUCCAUCAGGCAGCACCCAGGAGGAGGCUGGAUUUCUUUUCUUUUCUUUCUUUUUUAUUUUUUGAGACGGAGUCUUGCUCUGUCGCCCAGGCUGGAGUGCAGUGGCACAAUCUCGGCUCACUGCAAGCUCCUCCUCCUGGGUUCACGCCAUUCUCCUGCCUCAGCCUCCCGAGUAGCUGGGACUACAGGCGCCUGCCACCACGCCCGGCUACUUUUUUGUACUUUCAGUACAGAUGGGGUUUCACCGUGUUAGCCAGGAUGGUCUCGAUUUCCUGACCUCGUGAUCCGGCCUCCUCGGCCUCCCAAAGUGCUGGGAUUACAGGUGUGAGCCACAGCACCCGGCCGAGCCUGGGUUUCUAAAUGACCCCUAGGAACACAGCUGCCCCACAGUCUGGGGCCCGUUAACAGCAGGAGGAUGUCGUGACAGAAGCAAACUCCUGUGUUCCCUAGGUCACUGUAUUUUGGGGACACUCUGUUAUGGCACCCAAGCUUUACAUAUAUGUAU